GCUAAUCCAGGAGACGAAGCAGUUUUAUUGCUGGCACUGCUACCUGGCUUAUUGUUUCCUUUCCUUCAUGAAUGACGAGUGCCGCGUGGUGUCCUCAUAGAAGACAUGAAGCGCUUUCGCUAUUUGCUGACGAUCCUAUCAAUCAUGUGUGCAGUUAUCCUGCCACUAUCGACAGCCAGUAAACUAGCAGACUCAUCUCCUUUCGAAUACGUCGCUCACUUCAAUUGCAAUCACACAGGAGCAUACUUGAUUAGCGAUAGCCGGUUGUUUGCUGACUCGUACUCUAAGGCAGAUGAGAAGUGCACCGAAAAGAACGGAUACAGCCUCAUAUCUGAGACCAACGCGACUUCGCAAUGCGGCAACUCCUAUAUCAAGCAUAUUGAAGAACGUCUUGGAAAGAAAAUAAAAAUCUGGGUGAAUUCUAGCGAAUCGGGUCCUAGUUGCUUGCCGAAGAACUCCUCUUGCGACUCCAAUGACACGGUGAUCUUAUGUGAGAACUUUGACAUAAAAGCAGCUAACAAGACCAACUGUUCGCAGUCGCUAUUGAUUGAAAAUGGAACUCUGCAAUUCCCAUCGGGAUACAGCUUUCCGUCGGAAGUCUAUGCCACAUGUGACAGUGGUUAUGCGAAGAAUCAGACAGGAGUUUUCGCUCAGUGUGGAUCACAACCAUUGAGGUGGCUAACAACAGGACAGGUUUGUGCUGCCAUUGAAUGCAAUAUAAGUGGGAAAUUGCCGAGUGGACAUUUUUCUGGACACGCUCCUGUUUACUGGGCACAUUGUAACGAUCGACAUCAACUUAUUGGCAAUGCUUCGGUCAGAUGCAUCGCUGUCAAUACCACAACGCCUUUACCAUCCUGCAAACCUGUGUGUCCACAACUCUCAAUCUCAAAUGCACAACUCAACACAAGCUCUCGACUUGAUGGCACAGUGGUGCAUGUUAAUUGCAGCUCUAUGUUUGAAACGCUCGGCCCUGAGACGAUGACAUGCAAUCUGCACAACUGGACGACUCAGCCACACUGUGAAGAGAUUCGUUGCAAACCUCCCCCUCCAGUUAAUAACGGAUUACAAGUUUGGAGCAGCCGGACAGGUUACGGAGUUCUACGACUUAAAUGCGUGCCAGGGUAUGAACUGGUUGGAAUGAACACGACUAGAUGUCUACAUAACAGAUCAUGGUCUCCACCAAUAGGGCAAUGUAUUCAAAAGGCAUGCUCGGAAAAUGUUCUCCCACCAGAGAAUGGUGAAGUACCUCCUGGAAACUCUACGUACUUGUCAGUUCGCCAUUUGCAAUGCAACGAAGGUUACCAACUGCACGGUGAUCCCUACACGUUGUGCUUGGCAAAUGGAUCAUGGCUACAUACUAACACGACCUGUUCAGAAAAGGCAUGCUCGGAAAAUGUUCUCCCACCAGAGAAUGGUAAAGUACCUCCUGGAAACUCUACGUACUUGUCAGUUCGCCAUUUUCAAUGCAACGAAGGUUACCAACUGCACGGUGAUUCCUACACGUUGUGCUUGACAAAUGGAUCAUGGCUACAUACUAACACUACCUGUUCUGAAAAGGCAUGCUCGAAACUUGUUCGCCCACUAGAGAAUGGUGAAGUACCUCCUGGAAACUCGACCCACUUGUCAGUUCGCCAUUUUCAAUGCAAUGAAGGUUACCAACUGCACGGUGAUUCCUACACGUUGUGCUUGACAAAUGGAUCAUGGCUACAUACUAACACUACCUGUUCAGCCGUAAUCACACUGGCACAAGGGAAGACCAACAGCGCUGCUCUCAUUGCCUUUGUAUCACUACUAGCUGUGCUUCUACUGAUAGCGCUUGCAGUUAUCUUGAUGAUGAGGCGAAGUUCCUUCAAAUGCACAGGUGACCUCAUGAUGCCACUGUUUGGCACAUGUGGAGGGAGCAAAGAGUGCAACAAUUCGAGCAGGUCACAGGAGCUGUCGUCACAGGCAACACGAGACAACACGUAUGCUGUACCCAAGCCGGAAAGAGGAGCUAAUCAAGAUACGCAACUCACCGAAGACGUCACCUACACGUCUGUUGUGAUAGCUGGUGCUGAUAAGCGCCCACAGCACGCACCAUCCACGCCAGCCGCCGAGACGACAACUAUCUAUAGUGAUGUCGUAAUUCGGCAGAAGCCAAGCUAGAUUUCAUUUUCAUGAGAAUGAUAAAGAGCUGAUUUCUGUUCUUUUUUCUCCUCUUUGCUAUUCUGAACACAUUCUUCAUUUUUCUCUGCUCUAACUUGUACUUCCACUGAAGAAAAGUCUGGAAAGUUUAACUGUGAAAAGUUGCUAGAUGUUUUUGAAAAUCUGAAGUGCUUUCUUCUCUUCUCUUUUUAAGCGUUCUGGCAUUCCUGUCUCCAAUGAAUCUGUUUGCACCUGUCUUCCUACACGAUUUUCAGUUUAUAAUGCAUAGUUGACUUCUUGGGUAAGCAGAGUCCAUAACAAGGCCACUUCGGCUCACGUGAGAUUUCUGUCGCACGUCGUGGCUUCAAGUCUCCAUGUAUUGAUUUUGCCUCAUUUAUAAUCUAUUAUCACGAUAGCGCGGAAAGCACAUUUAAUUUUUUUAACUGCAUAUCAUUUUUAAAAGAUCGCUCAACACACACACACACAUAUCCGGUCUCUGAACUUUAAAAAAAUUAAAAUAUAAUUCUCCAUCAAUAUUUCGGUCUUGGGCCAUCAUCAGGAUUGAUGUCCUUCUCAUGUUAUUACUAGCUUUAGGGUUAUUUAGCGUUUACCGUUAGGCGCUGCAUCUGGGGUUUACCCUGUGUUAACGGCCGUCCUGAGUUCAAUUCGGGAACAGGCACGAUACUUUCCAUCUUUCCUUUUUUUUUUCAAUUUUGGCGCCUAAUUAUGUUCAGGCCGUAUCCAGCCAUUUCUUCACUUGCGUGUUUUGCCACCUAUUUUUCCUUUAGUUAAAGCAUGUUCCUGCACUGGUCUUGCUGAAUUUGAACUUCGCAUGAGUCCUAGGUUUCCUUUUUUCUUUGUCUUUUCCUUUCCUCAAUUAUACCAGUUCUCAAAACCGA